UGAAUUUUCCCAGGUAAUGUUUUAGAGGGGAGGGUGGGUCUUAGCCGAACUGUGUGAAAGCCUGUGUCUGUGUGCUGCUGCUGCGGCUGCGCUGCUCAUCCUCUCCUUCGCCUUGGUUGACCUAGACGACGCUGCUCUUCCAUUUCUACCAAACCUCUAAAUCUACAACUUUCUUCUUCUAGAUCUGCGAUUUUCAGCCAUCAAUUUCACAAUUUCAAGAUCUAUUGGCUUUUCUUUACCGUUCUUACUCUGGCGCUGGUUUUCCGACGCCCCAUCUGUUUCUUCUCAGAUCCCGAGCCCUGUUCCUCGUCUAUUUUUUGUUCUCUCACUUAGGGUUUUGUCGUUUUGUCGCUCUUAUCGAGUUCACCUUGGAGGGAUGUCGAUUUUACCGAAAGGCGAUUCCAUUCAAAUCCGUGAGGUUUGGAACGAUAAUUUGGAGGAGGAAUUUGCGCUAAUCCGUGAGAUUGUUGAUAAAUUUAACUAUAUAGCCAUGGAUACUGAGUUUCCUGGAGUGGUGCUUCGCCCGUUGGGUGCCUUCAAGAAUAUCAAUGACUACAACUACCAGACUCUUAAGGAUAAUGUUGACAUGUUGAAGUUGAUUCAAUUGGGUCUUACGUUCUCUGACGAGAAUGGAAAUCUCCCAACUUGUGGAACCGAUAGCUUUUGUAUUUGGCAGUUCAAUUUCCGCGAGUUCAAUAUUGUUAGUGAUAUUUUUGCUAGUGAUUCAAUUGAGCUUCUGCGCCAGUGUGGUAUUGAUUUUCAGAAGAACAAUGAAGAGGGUAUCGAUGUCAAUCGUUUUGGUGAGCUUCUAAUGUCUUCUGGGGUUGUGUUAAACGCUGAUGUGAACUGGGUUACGUUCCACAGUGGGUAUGAUUUCGGUUACUUGCUGAAAUUGCUCACUUGCCGAGGCUUACCAGAAAAGCAGGACGGAUUCUUUGACCUGAUCAAUGUCUAUUUUCCAGUGGUUUAUGAUAUCAAGCAUUUGAUGAAGUUCUGCAACAGUCUUCAUGGUGGGCUGAACAAGCUUGCGGAGUUAUUAGAAGUGGAGAGGAUUGGAGUUUGUCAUCAAGCAGGAUCAGAUAGUCUGCUUACUGCCUCUACUUUUAGGAAGUUAAGGAAUACCUUUUUCAAUGGAUCUAUACAGAAAUACGCAGGUGUUUUGUAUGGUCUCGGUGUUGAAAAUGGACAGCGUACUAAUUGAAAUUGAAGAGAAUUACCAAGUAUUUGUAGAAGUGUGAGACUUUUAGUUACUUCUGUACAAUUUGGCUAAAGCAUUGAUGAUGAUUGUAACUGUUUUCCGCUUUCCUUCUCUGUAAUAGAAACCUCCGACUGUUUUUCGCAGCUUGUGGUUUCUUGUAAAUUAUGGCAGUUAGUGUUUCAAUAAGAAUCUUAAUGACGUUUCUUUGAAUGA